AUGCCUUUUGGAUUGUGCAAUGCUCCAGCUACAUUCCAAAGGUGUAUGAUGUCCAUAUUCACAGAUCUCAUAGAAGAGAUUAUGGAGGUUUUCAUGGAUGAUUUCUCAGUAUAUGGUUCUUCCUUUGAAUCAUGUUUGGCAAAUCUUGGAAGAGUGCUACAGAGAUGUGAAGACAAGCACCUAGUUCUAAAUUGGGAGAAGUGCCAUUUUAUGGUUAGAGAUGGAAUAGUGCUUGGACAUAGAAUCUCAGAGAGAGGCAUAGAAGUUGAUAAAGCCAAGAUUGAAGUAAUGACAAACCUUCAGCCGCCCAAGACAGUUAAAGAUAUCAGAAGCUUCUUAGGACAUGCUGGGUUAAAGAUACCCCUUGAUGAUAGGCUACCUGAAGAAUCAGUUUAUGCAGCUGAAGCUAGCAAUAAGCAUGGACAACUAGGCCAUCACAGGCCAGGAACAAAGAUCUCAUCAUCAAACACACCAUGGUUUCGCCACAUAGCAAACUUCCUUGCAGCUGAAUACCCACCACCAAACUUCUUUGGCUACAGAAAGAAGAAGUUUCUGCGUGAUGUAAGAAGGUACUACUGGGAUGAACCUUACUUAUACAAGAAAUGUUCAGAUGGAAUGUUUAGAAGAUGCAUACCUGAGGAAGAGGUAGAAGGAAUAUUGUUUGCUUGUCAUAGUUCUAGCUAUGCAGGGCACUUUGCCACUUACAAGACAGUAUCCAAGGUCCUACAAGCUGGAUUUUGGUGGCCAACUAUGUUUAAGGAUGCUCAUGCAUUCAUAUCAAGAUGUGAUGCUUGCCAAAGAAUGGGAAAUAUAAGCAAGAGGAAUGAGAUGCCACAGAACUUUAUACUAGAAGUUGAAGUUUUUGAUGUUUGGGGCAUUGACUUUAUGGGACCUUCCCAACCUCUUUUGGUGACCAAUACAUUCUAG